AUGGCAGAGCACGUAGUAGGGAUGUUACGCGGAAGGUUUCUCCUCCCAAUCGGAACAUCUCUCUCUCUUCCUUCACCAAAAAAUCCUCUGCUCGAGUCUGAAGUCAACGGCGAAAAGUUGAGUGAUCCAAUGUUUAUAAAGUGUGCCACCGUCGGUGAUGACGCCAUCGGCAAGACUUGUCUACUCAUUUCCUACACUAGCAACACUUUCCCCACCGAUUAUGUGCCAACUGUAUUUGAUAUUAUCAGCGCCAAUGUGAUUGUCGAUGGGAACUCCAUCAACUUGGGGGUGUGGGACACUGCAGGACAAGCUGACUAUAAUAGACUAAGACGAUUGAACUAUCAUCUUACUGAUGUCUUCUUGCUCGCAUUCUCUCUUGUCAUUAAAGCUAGCUUUGAAAAUGUUGCUAAAAAGUGGGUUCCUGAACUCAGACAUUAUGCUCCUGGUGUUCCCAUAUUCCUUGUUGGGACAAAGCUUGAUCUUCGAGAUGAUAAGGAGUACUUGCUUGAGCACCCUGGAGCUGUGCCUAUAUCUACUUCUCAUGGUGUAGAACUAAUGAAGCUUGUUGGAGCUUUUGCUUAUAUAGAAUGCAGUGCAAAGACACAACAAGUAACUACAAAAUUCAACAUCAUUUUUAUAGUUUUCUUUCAGAAUCUUGCUGACGAGAAAACUCGUUCAAUUAUACAGAAUGUUAAAGCUGUCUUUGAUGUGGCCAUCAAAGUAGUUCUCCAGCUACCCAAAAACAAGAAUAAGAAAAAGAGAAAAUCUCAGAAGGGCUGUUCUAUAUUGUGAUUUGGAGAAGAAGAAACACGAAUCAACAGUUGACUAAUCCUUGUUUAGAAUCGAUUGUUUGUAGUCCUAAAAAGUGACAUACAGAAAACAGAUUUGUUAAGUACUGAAACUUCGAGUUUGUAUUCUUUCUUUGCACGCUGAAUCUGUAACUAUAUGAAUUCAUA